UUUGCUUAUAUAGGAAUUCGCCUCACGGUGGUCUCAUUAUUUUUAGAAUCUAUAUUUAUAUCUAUAUUCAUCACUAUCAAACACCAAUCUCUUAUCUCCCAUCAUUAUCAGCUUGUAUCGUAUUUCAUACAACAUAGAACUCAUAUCAUCUUUCCCCUAACAACUAAAAUCAUCUCCUGUAAAAUUCUCUCUGACUCGAAAUUGGCAUGAGAUCUUCACCGAAAAAGAUUGCCAUGAGCCUUCAGGCCAGAGAGAGCGCCAGUCCCAGACGGGUAGCGGCAACCCCAGAAGAAUGCUCCAUUGAGGACGGUUCGUGGAAGGAGGUGGACGUUUGCAGUCCCUUAAAAUCUGAUAGUAAACUGAAGCACAAGCCCUUGAAUGCUUUUAGAGUUGUAAGGGGUGUUCUAUGUUUGGUGGUGUUUCUUUCCACUGCUUUCACCAUUCUAGUCUGUUUUGCGCCGGUGGUAGCUGUUUUGUUGCGACUUUUUAGCAUACAUUACAGCAGAAAAGCAACAUCCUUUCUAUUUGCUAGGUGGCUGGCUCUCUGGCCCUUUCUAUUUGAAAAGAUCAACGGGACGAACGUGGUUUUUUCGGGCGAUACUGUCCCACCUAGAGAGCGCAUUUUGAUUAUUGCGAAUCAUAAAACUGAGGUGGAUUGGAUGUACUUGUGGGAUCUUGCAUUGCGAAAAGGGUCCCUCGGAUAUGUUAAAUAUGUGCUCAAGAGCAGCUUGAUGAAGCUGCCUGUUUUCGGUUGGGGGUUCCACGUUCUGGAGUUCAUUCCUUUGAAGAGGAAGUGGGAAGUUGAUGAACCAAUUCUCCGGAAAAUGCUAUUAAGUUUUGCUGAUCCUCGGGACCCUCUCUGGCUUUCUAUUUUUCCUGAAGGAACUGAUUACGAUGAAGAAAAAUGCAAAAAGAGCCAGACAUUUGCUGCUGAAAAUGGACUUCCUGUGCUGUCACAUGUGCUACUUCCAAGGACUAAAGGUUUUUGUGCUUGCUUAGAAGCCCUAAGAGGUUCUUUGGAUGCAGUUUAUGACUUGACAAUUGCAUACAAGAAUCAAUGCCCUUCGUUUAUGGACAAUGCAUUUGGUGUAGAUCCUUCAGAAGUACACAUUCAUGUUCGGCGUAUCCCAAUGGAAGAUAUCCCGGAGUCUAGCACAGAUGCUGCAUCUUGGCUAGUGGACACAUUCCAUCUCAAGGACAACAUGCUGUCAGAUUUCCAUACUCGAGGCCAUUUUCCUAAUGAAGGAGGAGAAGAAGACAUUUCUGCGUUCAAGGGUUUGGUAAAUUUUAUGUUGAUACUUAUUUUGACAGUGGUUAUCAUUUACCUUACCAUUUUUUCAUCGGUCUGGUUUAAAAUAUACAUCGGUUUAUCAUGUGCAUACCUUGCUUCCGCAACAUAUUUUGAAAUCCAACCGGUGCCAGUAUUAGACUUUGUUAAAGCAACAUUGGUUUGCAAUAGACUCAGAUGUGAAUAACAUUUACAGGAUACGUACAUUUUUUACAAUUUACAACGUUUAGUAUUCUUUUUCUUCUGGUUAUGUUCAUAUAUUGUUACUGUGGAUAUAAGUGCUUCUAUAAUGGACCUGUCGCACCUGUAUAUAUAGUGACUACAACCGAAAACAGUCAUGCAUACAACAGGGCUCAGGUCCCGGUUGUUGCGCUGAAGGAAAGAUGCCAGCUAUGGGUUCUCUGUGCAGCUUUUUUGCUGCUAUUGUGAGAUAUAUGGAAUUGGAAAAAGGAAAAAAAAUAUUUAAAAAAAUCAUUACGGUGCAUAAUCAUGGUCAGGUUCACUCUUUGUCCUGUAAAAUAAAUUGAGGGUAAAGUUGUUAAGUCCCUAGAAUUACAUGCAUAUAGAUGGACAGGGAAUUUACAGAGACCACUUGUAAAGAAGAAUAUACUGGCACUAGUUCAGUGUUGGUCAUCUGUAAUGAUAUCUCUCAACCUUAGAUCUCCUUAUGCUGUUGAUUAGAGGGAAGUUCAAACUUGUUAGAUCAGAAUCAGGUUACUCUCUGCGCCUAAAUUUCAUAUCUUUUAUGUUUGCCUACUUCUCAUUCAUGGCAUUCAUUCUUGUUGCUGCAUUUGGUGACUCCAGAGAAUGUUGUCUAUCUUGAAAUUGAAUCAAGUUGAGUGGUGAUUCUUGAAUCGUAUGAAGUAAUGUGUAAACAAGCAUAUAUUAUAUCAACGUACAGAAAACCAAAAGACACCUCAUAUAGGUAGGCUAUCAACUACUGCUUUGUCUAGAUUAAUCAAUAGGGUACGUGAAGCAAUCUUGUACGAUUUCUGGGACAGUUAAACAGAAUCGCAUCUUCAAUCGAUGGGAUGAUCGAGUUGAGGCAAUGGAAUUAUGAAGAGACACGGCCUGGCUACCUAACCUGAGCUGCUUCUCUUCAUUUCAUUGUCAAAAGUCAAAACAAUGAAGGAACAGACAUACAUGUAUUGCAUCUGCCUAGCCUCAUUUAUUGUUUACUGUAAAUGAUGCCCUUUUCCUGUUUAUAGCAAAACAUACCAUGGCGUCCAAGUGUAAGUUUCCUUUUGCUGAAUGAGUAAACUAAACGCUCUGGGUCUCUAGGAAGCUGCAUGCCUUCAUUUUAAUGAAGACCAUCCACCAUCCAUCCUGCACUGCCUUCAUUAAUUCUUCUCUCAGGCCACAGUUUUACACCAUCCCCUUAAUUAGCAUUUUCCUGAAGAAGAAAACAAGAAGAGUUAUCUAGCACCCAUGAAAAGAUUGUGUCAUGUACUCAUGUAUCGAUGUAACAAUGCUACAAGCAUUUACUCAUUGAAAUUGGAGCUUGCUUAAUCUAUUACAAGAUCCUGAUUGGCCCAAGGA